GUUUUUGGGCCACGUAACCAGCGGUGUAACCUCGCAGCCCACAUGGUGGAGACGCGAGGUGGCUCGGCGUUGCUGGCACCAAAGGAAGAUGGACGGCUUGACUUCAGGGAAGCUGGUGCCAGAGACGGCAUGGAACAAUAUGUUGGAGUGGGCCAGGCCAAAGCCUGGCUAUUGCAGAACGAGGAGGCAUUGCCUUCCCAGCGUUCUUCUUCAAAGUCACUGGACUCAAGCCGUUUGCAGAGGAGUAGCCGCAGCCCCAAGCGUCCCGGCCACUCUUUAGUUGUGCCAGUGGCACUGCCUCCGGAUCUGCCAGAGUCCGAGGGGGUGGUGAAGCCACAUCGCUCCACAGCCUUGAAGCUUUUGGAGGGUGGCCCACCAGAGGGUAUUGAAACGAGUGAGUCCUUCAUUGAUGUCCCUGCCAAACAGCCAGUAUAUCGUGCUGUGACUGGUAUGGAGACUGGCUCACCACUGGCCAGGAUGUUGAAUCGGCAGCGCAGGGAAUGGGACUGCGCAUGCGAGACCCGUGGCUUGGCGCCAGCGCACUCAACGCCUGCAUUCGACAAGAUCGAACGUGAAGGGUCUGUGCGUGUGCUCCAAGCUUCACCAACCUCGACUCGAAGGACACUUCACCCCGCCAUAUGGGGCUCUCCACGAGAGGCUGCACCUCCGCGACUGUACUGGCCGACGAUGAAUGGCAGGAGUCACGAACACGGCGACGUCGGGUCAAAGCACCCCAUCAGGCUCUUGUCACCAGCAGUGAGCAGAAGGAGUGUUGAACCUGUGGCUCUCCCAGAUCAAACGUCGGAGUCCGUCGCCAAGGCAGUCUUCUCAGUGUCACCUCCCAUGAGCUGCCGGAGUGGUUUGGGGGUGGCAGAAUCCUGGAAUCCUCCGAGAGGAAGGGCAAUCCCGCAGCCGGACUUCUCAUGGCAGCCAGGGAAGCUCAGAGAUCCCUCUGUGGAGAAAGUGCGCCUGGUGGACGAGGAAGUUCCCAAGGUCACCGCUAGGACCUCGGUGACCUCCUUGGUACCAGAAGUGGUGCCUCCGGUGUCUCGGGCAACUUUGGGCUCCUUGAGCUGCGACAGGAAGAAGAUAGCCUUCACCCCUUCGUGGAGCAGGUCCACCUUGACGCCGCAAAGACCGCAGGUCCUGGCACAGGACGUGUCGGUCACUCCGCCAAUAAGGUCGCACUUCCCUCCGGCAGUCUAUCGGGAAUCUGAGCCAACAACCAUCAAACGCCCUGCGGUGGUGGUCCGGUGCGUGAGAUCCCCAAUUCUUUUGCAUGCAUCGCACGUGCCUGUUCCAAUGCGGGCGCUCAGAAUACCUGACAAUGCUCGACCAGUGCGUGAAGUCAAGUGACUCAAGAUGAAAAAGGCUGUUACUUGUGGUCUCGACCUUUUGGAGCUGGUGACGCUGGUGUUUGUGCUGUAUUCUGUUGGGAAGUUCCGAAUUUCUAAAUCGCAUAUUAAUGUAAAUGAUGGACUGCAACAUUCCACAACACACACAAUCCGAGCAAACUCCUGGUUACCCACAACCAAACUGCUCCAAAACAGCUCUUUUAACUCAAUGACUGAAUGAUCACUUGAACUGACCAUAUUUUUUUGAAGCUCGCUCCCCCCUUCCCUAAGUAAGGGAGAGGUAGCCAGUACCUACAAGUGGACGCUACCAACUACUGGACGCAGAAGCGCUCGCACUAAUGAUUUGGUUUCUAGAUUAUUAGGGAAACUUAACUAUCAAAGAAUCCAACCAGUCUGUGAUCCACACUGGGUCACAGUAUUCAGAAAGCCUUCCAGUAUCAGCCCUUGCAAGAUUCUGUUUGAAAUAUGUUUGAGAAAUUGUUCUGUGCUCUACUUGGCUCAAUGCCGGCUGAGCGCGCAGCCC